CUUGUCGCCGUUUCCGGGGCAGACUACAUAUCAACAUCCGGGGCCGGGGGUCGCGGAGCCGUCCGCCUACGGGGGCCGGGACGUCGGCUGAGUGUCUCUCGUUUUCGGACCGCUGCAACAUCGCGGUGGGGCUCGAAAGCGGGGACCUUCUGGGACGCCGCAUCUGGAGACGCGGCCUCGGACCAGCCAUUUCGGUGUAGAAGUGGCAGCACGGCAGGCCGACUGCUCAAACAAAUGGAUUUUACAGAGGCUUAUGCGGACACGUGCUCUACGGUUGGACUUGCUGCCAGGGAAGGCAAUGUUAAAGCCUUAAAGAAGCUGCUUAAAAAGGGCCGAAGUGUCGAUGUUGCUGAUAACAGGGGAUGGAUGCCAAUUCAUGAAGCAGCUUAUCACAACUCUGUAGAAUGUUUGCAGAUGUUAAUUAAUGCAGGUGUUCUCUCGGAAGUUAGGAAUUCCCUUUCUCUCCGUAUAUUGUUGCGUGGGCGUGGAGGACUAGAUUCAUCUGAAAACUACAUUAAGAUGAAGACCUUUGAAGGUUUCUGUGCUUUACAUCUCGCUGCAAGUCAAGGACAUUGGAAAAUCGUACAGAUUCUUUUAGAAGCUGGGGCAGAUCCGAAUGCAACUACUUUAGAAGAAACGACACCAUUGUUUUUAGCUGUUGAAAAUGGACAGAUAGAUGUGUUAAAGCUGUUGCUUCAACAUGGAGCAAAUGUUAAUGGAUCCCAUUCUAUGUGUGGAUGGAACUCCUUGCACCAGGCUUCUUUUCAGGAAAAUGCUGAGAUCAUAAAAUUGCUUCUUAAAAAAGGAGCAAAUAAGGAAUGCCAGGAUGACUUUGGAAUCACACCUUUAUUUGUGGCUGCUCAGUAUGGCAAGCUAGAAAGCUUGAGCAUACUUAUUUCAUCCGGUGCAAAUGUCAAUUGUCAAGCCUUGGACAAAGCUACUCCCUUGUUCAUUGCUGCUCAAGAGGGACACACAAAAUGUGUGGAGCUUUUGCUCUCCAGUGGGGCAGAUCCUGAUCUUUACUGUAAUGAGGACAAUUGGCAGUUACCUAUUCAUGCAGCUGCACAAAUGGGCCAUACAAAAAUCUUGGACUUAUUAAUACCACUUACUAACCGGGCCUGUGACACUGGGCUAAACAAAGUAAGCCCUGUUUACUCAGCAGUGUUUGGGGGACAUGAAGAUUGCCUAGAAAUAUUACUCCAGAAUGGCUACAGCCCAGAUGCCCAGGCGUGCCUUGUCUUUGGAUUCAGUUCUCCCGUGUGCAUGGCUUUCCAAAAGGAGUGGAGCUGUGAGUUCUUUGGAAUUGUGAACAUUCUUUUGAAAUAUGGAGCCCGGAUAAAUGAACUUCAUUUGGCAUACUGCCUGAAGUACGAGAAGUUUUCAAUAUUUCGCUACUUUUUGAGGAAAGGUUGCUCAUUGGGACCAUGGAACCAUAUAUAUGAAUUUGUAAAUCAUGCAAUUAAAGCACAAGCAAAAUAUAAGGAGUGGUUGCCACAUCUUCUGGUUGCUGGAUUUAACCCACUGCUUCUACUGUGUAGUUCUUGGACUGACUCAGUCAGCAUUGACACCCUUACCUUCACUUUGGAGUUUACUAAUUGGAAGACACUUCCGCCAGCUGUUGAAAGGAUGCUCUCUGCUCGUGCCUCAAACGCUUGGAUUCUACAGCAACGUAUUGCCACUAUUCCAUCCCUGACCCAUCUUUGUCGUUUGGAAAUUCGGUCCAGUCUAAAAUCGGAACGUCUACGGUCUGACAGUUAUAUUAGUGAGUUGCCACUUCCCAGAAGCCUACAUAAUUAUUUGCUCUAUGAAGAUGUUCUGAGGAUGUAUGAGGUUCCGGAACUGGCAGCUAUUCAAGAUGGAUAAAUCAGUGAAACUACUUAACACAGCUCAUUUUUUUCUCUGAAAAACCAUCGAGACAAAAGAGCCAUGGAGUACAAGUUUUUAUGAUUUUAUAGUCAAAAAAUGAUUAUUGUUUGUGAGAUAGGUUAGGUUUUGGGGGGUAGUAGUUUAAUGUGAAUGUUUAUGUUUACAACUAGCCUUCCCAGUUUAAAGAAAAAAAAAAAAGUAAACCUCACUUAUAUUACUUUAUUGCAGCUUCAUCACCAGUACAUUAUAUGUUGUAAUAUUUAUUUACCUGACCAUUUUCUGCUUUAUUUUGCUAAUAAACUUUGAUGUUGCUUCUAGUGCUAAACAUGGCAUAUUUCCACCUAUGAUUCAUGUUUACCUGGUGCUAGGAGCUCAGAAUGGAAUGCAUAAAGCUUCACUGGAAGUGUAUACAACUGUGGUGUAGAAUCUGUUGUUGUUAUUAUUUUACUUAGACUUGAAGAUGUCUUAUGUUUAUUAAAGAACACGUUUUCCUA